CCUCAUUGAUGGUAUAAAUAAAAUAGACUGGGCGGUAGACUUCAGAUGUGUUGCUGCACUUUAGUGGAAGUACAGAUCUUUCCACAAAAUGCGUGCAGUAACUUUGCUGGUUCUUGUGGCCUUUUGCUGCGCCGCAUUUGCAAAUGGGGCUGAAGAAACUGUUACCAAAGUGGAAACUAAGGUGACUGAAGCUGAUCCUAAGGACGCAGAUCCAAAGGAGGCUACCGAAAGUGAGGCAAAGACCGAGGCUGAGGAAAAAGAUGAAACCGACACGGAAGACAACGAUGACCCUGCAAAUGACUCCGACUCUGAGGACGAAAACGAGGUAAUGGAGAGUGAUCCCUCAAGCCCGGAAGAAAAGCAGGAGGAAGAAGGAGAAUUGGAAGCAAAGGACACCAGUGCUGACCCCACACCUGCAGGUAGGCGCAGAAGGGCCAGUCGACGAAGACGGUCCCGUCGGCGACGCAGGAUCUACCGUAGACGCAGGAUUGUUUACCGACGACGCAGGAUCUACCGUCGACGAAGGGUAGUCUACCGAAGGCGCAGGAUCUACCGUCGACGAAGGAUUGUUUACCGACGACGCAGGAUCUACCGUCGACGCAGGAUUGUCUACCGAAGGCGCAGGAUCUUGCGUCGACGAAGGAUUGUUUACCGACGACGCAGGAUCUACCGUCGACGAAGGGUAGUCUACCGAAGGCGCAGAAUCUACCGUCGACGAAGGAUUGUUUACCGACGACGCAGGAUCUACCGUCGACGCAGGAUUGUCUACCGAAGGCGCAGGAUCUUCCGUCGACGAAGGAUUGUUUACCGACGACGCAGGAUCUACCGUCGACGAAGGGUAGUCUACCGAAGGCGCAGAAUCUAACCGUCGACGAAGGAUUGGGUUUACCGACGACGCAGGAUCUACCGUCGACGCAAGGAUUGUCUACCGAAGGCGCAGGAUCUUGCGUCGACGAAGGAUUGUUUACCGACGACGCAGGAUCUACCGUCGACGAAGGGUAAUCUACCGAAGGCGCAGAAUCUACCGUCGACGAAGGAUUGUUUACCGACGACGCAGGAUCUACCGUCGACGCAGGAUUGUCUACCGAAGGCGCAGGAUCUUCCGUCGACGAAGGAUUGUUUACCGACGACGCAGGAUCUACCGUCGACGAAGGGUAGUCUACCGAAGGCGCAGGAUCUACCGUCGACGAAGGGUAGUCUACCGAAGGCGCAGGAUCUUCCGUAGACGCAGGAUUGUCUACCGACGACGCAGGAUCUUCCGCAGGCGCAGGAUUGUCUACCGACGACGCAGGAUCUUCCGUCGACGAAGGAUUGUUUACCGACGACGCAGGAUCUACCGUCGACGAAGGGUAGUCUACCGAAGGCGCAGGAUUUACCGUCGACGAAGGGUAGUCUACCGAAGGCGCAGGAUCUUCCGUAGACGCAGGAUUGUCUACCGACGACGCAGGAUCUUCCGCAGGCGCAGGAUUGUCUACCGACGACGCAGGAUCUUCCGCAGGCGCAGGAUUGGGAUCUUCCGUAGACGCGGUAUUCUCUACCGCAGAAGGUCCUUCCGUAGACGUUGUACAAGACGCCGUUACGGAAAGUAAACAAGUUCGUGAACAUUGCAAAGACACUGCACAUUUUGAACUUUUACUUUAAUGAUAACGAUUUUGUAUGUUUUAAUUUUGCAUUAAAAGAAACCUGAAAUGAGAAA